CAUAGGUUGAACUUGCAGAGAUGGCUGAGCAAGAACCCACUCCUGAGCAGCUGGCACAGAUUGCCGCUGAAAAUGAAGAGGACGAGCACUCUGUCAAUUACAGGCCCCCUGCCCAGAAGAGCAUCCAGGAGAUCCAGGAACUAGACAAAGAUGAUGAGAGUUUACGCAAGUACAAAGAGGCCCUGCUUGGAAAUGUAGCCAUUGCUGCUGAUCCCUGUACUCCAAAUGUGGUGGUAACAAAGCUGACUCUGGUUUGUGCCACCGCCCCUGGCCCAUUGGAGUUGGAUCUCAAAGGUGACUUGGAGAGCUUCAAGAAGCAGGCGUUUGUGCUAAAGGAAGGUGUGGAGUACCGGAUAAAGAUCUCAUUUCGGGUGAACAAGGAGAUCGUUUCAGGGUUGAAGUACAUUCAACAUACAUUCAGGAAAGGAGUAAAAAUUGACAAGACUGAUUACAUGGUUGGGAGUUAUGGGCCACGUGCUGAGGAGUAUGAGUUCUUAACACCUAUGGAGGAAGCCCCCAAGGGUAUGCUGGCCCGGGGCAGCUACAACAUCAAAUCAAAAUUUACAGAUGAUGACAAGACAGACCAUCUGUCCUGGGAGUGGAACCUGACCAUCAAGAAGGAGUGGAAGGAUUAGUCCUUCCAGUGCCAAAUCCCAAGCGUUGUUCAGACAGUGGCUACAGUAGAAACCCCACCCUGUACCAAAGUGCUGGCAUUGGAUACCCUUCCCUUUCCCCCUUCCCCUUUUAGCUCACCAGGAAGACUUCUUGGCUCAAAUGUCCCCCCAUGUUCCCUCUGAGAAUCACUGAAAGAAAUUGACCAAACCUACCCUGUCUGUCCCUGAGCACAGAGGCAGGAAUGCUUCAUGUCCUUCUCCUGGGCUCGUUUUAUUGCUGCUUCUUACCCAUUGGAAUAUAUUUCAGGCAGGUUCUAAAAGGAAAGCAAUGUUCCUAUUUUUGUGGGGGGGGGGAGGAUUUGGAGGCAUUCCUGUCUCUGGGCAAGAGGUGAAGUACUGAGGAAUCAUGAUUCCACGCAGAGCUGGCAACUGCCUGCUGCCCCAAUUGUUUCCAGGCUCAAUCAUGUCCCUGGCCUGCCUUCCCCCUUCCCCCUGGGGUGGGGCAUGGGCUGGCUUUCCAUUUGUGAUGGUUUCCAUAACCAUGAUGCCUUAAAGUGUGUAACAUACAUCCCCCAGGGAGGGCCCGGACCUUGUUACACUUUUUUAUAUGUGCUCCAGUCCUGUCCAUACACAUACUCCCCUCCCUUCUGAUUUGCAUCUUCUGGCCAGACCGUAAUCCUGCUGAAGCUGAUUUCCCCACGGUCUUAAGCAGGGUUCAGGCUGCUGUACUUGCAGGCUCCCUGUGGCCGGAGAAGCAU